AUGAGACCGCCCACUCCCGAUCUGUCCAGACCAACGCAUGACUAUGCAUCAGUCGAAGACCAACUCAAGCCUUCGGCAGCCAAACUACAAAGCGCCCUAGAGACAGAGGGACAAACGUUUGCAGGAGAGAUGACUAUAACUCCGACACUUGAAGACGAGAACGAACCCAUAGAUUAUCAAAGCUCCGCAUCGUCGGCCAUGCGAAUAGACAACACUUCCCCAGCAUCGUCUCUCCUCCCACCAGCAACAGCAACAUCACCAAAUGAUACGACAGGCAGAAAAGGCGGAUGGUUCGAGCGGAUAUUGACACGGCAUGGCGUCAUGACCGACGAGAAACAAUGCAGGUAUCACCUACAAGUAUUCAUGGACGAGGUGCACCCGAUGUAUCCGGUCGUUCACCCCCCGGCAGUUUGGGACAUCUUCAACGAAAUGUGGCAGCACCCAGCGAUCAGCUCCUCCGUAGAGUCAGCACAAAGUGAGCAACUCCGGGUUUCCGUUGCUUUGGUGUGCUUUUGCCUAGCUCUUGGACGAUGUAGCAUGUCAGCGAGAAUGAGCGACCGCAGCGGUGUUGAAUCUUCUGGCUGGAGUCUGUAUAGUGUGGGCAUGAGUCUGCUUGGUGAUCUGCUCGAGACCAGUAAUACGGCUAUAAAGUCACUGCUUAUGUUGCAAGUGUUAAUAGUGAGAAUAAUUUACAUGUUCCGACUAGACGCGAAUCAGAAAGCAGCCAGAGUACACGCCUUGAGUGUGUCGGUUGCACAAACAAUAGGCUUGCAUCGCCAGAGCACCAUCGAGGGCAUGCCGGCUUAUUACAACCAGCUGUACUCACGUGCUUGGUGGUCCUUAUAUCUGCUGGAUCGACGACUGGCUCUGGAGUCCGGGAAACCAUAUCUCAUUCAAGACAGCAACGUUGAUACGGCGUUACCAUUGGAUCUGAGCGAUGAGUGGAUGACACGAUUUGCGUCCCGAAAAGAGAAAAUAGCAGACCUUCAGCACGAGAUAGUUGUUGAGGCUGCGAGGGACUCAUCCCCUUCAUGUAUCCCUUAUGUUAUUGCCAUGGUGCGUUAUUGCCGUAUAGCUGGCAAGACGUGGGAAGUUUUAUACGGUGUCAAGUCAUCUACUGCUUCCAUGCCAGCCAUGAUCCAAUAUGUUGAUACCGCUAUCGGAAAACUACUCAACACAAUUCCGAUAUGCUUGAAAUAUGACCUCGAUGCUCCCUAUGAGGCUCAGUUUAACACGAGAACUCGGUGGCAAGUAAAACAAACAUUUCUCUUCAACAAUUGCUGCACAUAUCUGCGUCUUUUAAUAAGAAGACCACUAUUGCCGAGUUCCAGCACUAUUUACCAUACAGAAGAGGAUGAUCUUGAGUCUUCAAUCGAGUGUGCUAGUCUCGCUGCCCGGAUUCUUACAACUCAUCAAAACAUACAAGACGAUGGACUCAAGUAUAGCUUCGCACUUAGUCACUACGUCACUAGCUGUGCACUUGUCAUGGUCGGUUUGGUGUCGAGGGAACCAGGUUCCAAGAAAAGGUAUGGGGCUCUGAUACUUGCAGCCACUCAGUGUCUGAAUGAGUACUGCCAGAGGAUUUGGGUCUCUGGAAAGAUGAUGCGUUGCGUUUCUAGGCUUAGUCGGCUGGUUGGACGUGUUCUCGCCUCAGACUCACAAGGAGGGCUGGACCACCAGAGCACAUUGAAAAUGAGGCGAAAGUCGACAUCAGAUCGCCUGACGCAGCACCUGACGCCCCCUCAAACUGAAGAUCAAGACCUUGUACAAUGCAGAACUGGGACGUCCAGCAUGUACAGGAAUCAGCUCAAAGACAUGAGAACCGACACUGAUCAGAGAGUGCAAAGGGACCAAGAAGUAGACUGUUAUUCAUUCAAUACCGACUCUCUGGGCACAAUGCCUGAGAGCUCAUCGGCAGGUUUUAAUAAGCUGCCCACAUCCUGGAUGGCUGAUUCUAGCCUUGAUCGUCGAAAUAGUUGGAUCAUGUCAGACUUCAAUUUUGAGACUCUUGGGGAGCGCUUUGGUCCCAACGAUGCCGAGCUGGCAACAUUUGUGGAGAAUGAUAGCCUUGAUUUUACCCGAGGUAUGGGAAUGCCCUUGAAUACUGAGCGAGGGGGUACCGAGGCACGACUAGGCACUCUGGGUAUCAAUGGCGUGUUUGAUCUUGAUAUGGAUAUGUUUCCUACUAUGAUGAACCUGUAUGGAAGUUAGUAUAAUUCUAUUUACAGCUGAUAGUG